UUGACACAAUAUGACAUGAUUUCACCUUUCUAUUCUGCCUAACUGUUUAUUUUACAUUAAAAAUUGUAUUGUACAAGUAAAGUUUAUUCAAAAUACAUAAGUAAUUUUCUCUAUAUCCUGUUCAGCGAAAGAACAUAUCAUGAGCCAACKAAAAUAUGUUCUUCUUCUUAUCCCCACGCGGCAUUUUGCCAUAGACCAAACCAUGGUGUCGAUGGUACUAUGGUAGCGUGACGCAGGGGGAAUGUUUAGAACCAACGUGUUCUCUCGUUGAACAGAGUAUAGUUAAUUAAUAUUCAUUAUAAUAUAAUGAUGUUUAGUUAGUUACAUUUUUAUACGUAGCCGACUAUAAUGUAUUUCUCGAGAACGUGGACAUUAAAUCAGGUGCGAGAAAAGCUUUUGUACGCCUUGAUAAUAUUAUUUUUGAGUCCGGCAUUUUGCAAAGUAGAAGUAAAAAUUACUAAAGGAAUUUUAAAUGGUCGAAUUUUAAAAUCUAGAAAUGAACGGCCUUAUUAUUCAUUCACUGGUAUACCGUAUGCAAAACCACCUGUUGGAGAACUUCGAUUUGAGGCUCCAGAACCAGUCGAUCCAUGGGAUGGUAUAUUAGAUGCCACUAAAAAUUCAAAUGCUUGUGUCCAAAAAUCUGAAGUUAAUAGCAGUGAAGAUUGUUUGUAUUUAAAUGUAUACACACCAAGUACUGAUGGCGAUUUUCCYGUUAUGUUUUGGAUUCACGGAGGUGCGUUUUAUUUGGGACACAGUAAUCCGGAUAUGUUCGGUCCGGAUUAUUUUAUGGAUUCAAAUGUAGUCUUGGUCUCGGUUAAUUUUAGACUAGGCGUAUUAGGUUUUUUGAGUUCCGAAGACGAUGUUAUACCCGGCAACUAUGGAAUGAAAGAUCAAGUUGAGGCAUUGCGGUGGGUCCAAGAAAACAUUGUUAAAUUUGGCGGUGAUCCCRGAAAAGUGACGAUUUUCGGCGGGAGCUCUGGUGGAGCUAGUACCGGUUAUCACAUGUUAUCACAGAUGAGUAAAGGUCUAUUCCACAAAGCCAUUCUUCAAAGUGGCACUCCAUUAUGUCGUUGGAGUACGUCUCUACCGGGUAUAGCGCGUGAUCGAAGUAAAAUCAUUUUGCGUUUAGCUGGAUGUGAUGGAAACUCAUCUUCUAAAUAUAUAUUGAGAUGUCUCAAGACAUUGCCGGAAAGUUUUUUCAGUGACGUUUAUGAUAAACUUCGAGAAUGGCACUCGUUUCCUACUGUAUUGUUUUCGCCGGUAGUGGAGCAGUGUGGCUCGGGCAAAGAAGCGUUUCUCUGCCGUCAUCAGUUAAAGGAGUUCAGACAAGAGUCAUUCGUCCCGGCCAUUAUCGGACUAAACUCAGCUGAAGGCGGAAUGAUAGUUUCUUCUUUAUACAACGACACGUCUCUUCGAUACCCAGAAUUGUAUACGGAUUUUAAUCGUUUAUUAUCGAUAAUACUGUCACAUCAGCAUUUCACAMACGAUUUGGAYGAAAUUGGUGAAAAAGUACUCAAGAAAUAUUUUCCAAUUGGAAAAAUCGGAGAUCAUUCGYAUUUAAAAACUGUUGAAAUGAUUACCGAUGGUCGUUAUCUUCAUGGCAUAUUUGACAUGGCUCUUAAGUUGGUGUCACCGGUGUAUUUUUAUUUAUACGAUUACCAAAACGAAUUUUCUUAUAAUACUUUAUAUGGUAAAUGUAAUAAAAAGUUAGGAAUCACUCACGGCGACGAGUUGACUAGUCUAUUCAAAUCGGACUCUAUAAAUCCUAAAAAAAUUAAUUUGAAAGACACUGCUGUUUCAAAGCUUAUGGUUGAUGUUUGGACGAAAUUCGCAACAGCAGAAUCACUUACCAUUGAUGGGACAGUAAAUGGUCCACCUUGGCCAAUGUUUAAUUCACAGAGGCMAUUAAUACUUCACAUACAUUCAGAUAAUCCAGAUAUCAUACAAAAUCCAUUUGAAGAAAAGUAUACUUUUUGGAAUAGUUUGCCUCUCCUUUCUAAUUUCGAGAAAGCAAUUUCUAAAAAUAGGUUUCCACCAGAUCAAAUUAAAAAUGAGUUUKUAUUAAUUUUAUGUAAAUUAAUAAUUACAAUGGAAAUAUUUGGUGUUCUUAUGCUAUUUAUCGGAUUCGUAUAUGGUACGGAUAAUAUAUUGGAUUUGAGCCAAGGAAAGAUAAAAGGCAGCAUUUUAAAGUCAAGAAAUGGACGGGAAUUUAAAGCGUUUCAGGGAAUUCCUUAUGCAAAAUCACCGAUUGGAGAUCUUAGAUUACAKGAUCCAGAAGAAGCCAAUUCGUGGAAUGGUAUUUUAGAUGCAACCAAAGAAAAACCUAUGUGUAUUCAAAAGAAUUUGUUCAUGUAUCAAUCAUAUAAUGAACUUUUAGGUGCUGAGGACUGUUUAUUUAUUAAUGUAUAUACCCCUAAGAUCAAUAAAAAAGAUCAAAAUGAGUUGCUACCGGUUAUGGUUUGGAUACCAGGUGGGGGUUUUAGCUCAGGACAUGGAGGUCUGAGUUUGUAUGGACCACACUAUUUGCUGGAYAAGGAUGUCGUUGUUGCUUCUUUUAACUACAGAGUUGGACCUCUAGGGUUUUUGAGUACCGAAGACGAUAUUUUACCGGGAAAUUAUGGUAUGAAAGACCAAGUUUUAGCACUGAAAUGGGUCAAAAGUAAUAUUGAAAAGUUUGGCGGAGAUCCGAAUAAAAUAACAAUAUUUGGUGAAAGUGCUGGAGGAGUCAGUGUUGGCUUACAUUUAUUAUCACCACUGAGCAAAGGAUUAUUUCAUAAAGCAAUUCUGGAAAGUGGGACUCCUUUGUGUCGAUGGGGUGUAUCUCCACCAGGGUUGGCUAAACGCAGAGCCUUAUCAUUAGCCACCAUUUCUGGUUGUCCCGAAGACUCAGAACAGUUGGCUAAAUGCCUGAGGAAUAUGCCCGCAGAGUUAUUAGUGAAUCUUCACUACAAUUUUUUUGAAUGGAAAGUGUUCCCGGCAAUUACGUUUAUGCCUGUCGUUGAAAACUGUAAAAAUAAAACAGGGUUUUUAUGUAAAUAUCCAUUACUCGACUUUAAACAAGAAAGCAAUGUUCCAAUUUUAAUGGGAAUGAAUUCAGGAGAAGGUGGUCUUUUUGCUGCUCGUGUUUAUAAUAAAAACUGUGAAGUUGACCUUGAAUUGAAGAAUAAUUUUGAUCAUUAUAUUUCGUCGUUACUUAUUUAUAAAUACACCACUAAGAUGUCCGAUCUUCCCAUAGUUAGUAAAAAGAUAUACAAUCRUUACUUUACUGAAGGAAAUAUGGACAAUCGUUUAGAUACUGUUAAAAUGGUUAGCGGUGGAAUUUUUCUACAAGGCAUAUUUGAUAUGGCAAUCAAACUAUCAUCUCCGGUGUAUUAUUAUGUUUAUGAUCAUACAAAUAAAAUGACAUUUAAUUCAUACUUCGGGCCAUGCUCCGCCGAUUUAGGAGUAACGCAUGGUGACGAAAUGAUAAGUCUAUUCUUUACUAAGGGCCAGGAUGAAUUAAAAGAGGAGGAUCUUAAUGUAUCUAAACUCAUGAUCGAAAUAUGGACUAAUUUUGCUAUUACUGAUAAAAUUACGAUUGACGGAACUAACAAUGGAAAAGAAUGGCCGUUGAUGGAUUCUAAAAGUACGAAAUAUUUGUUGAUCAAUUCAAGUAAACCUAUCAUAUCUAAGAAGCCAUUUAUAGAAGAGUACGAAUUUUGGAAAGGUUUACCAUUAUUAUCUGCAUUUAAAAAAUCAGGAGAGAUUUUAAAAACUGAACUUUGAUUUGAAAACAAUCAUAUUACACAAGUUAUAAUUCAUACACAAAAAAUAUUGAUGUUAAUAAAAUGUGUAUAAUUUCAUAAAAAUGUGAUAUCUUAUUCUGAAUUAUCAAUAGUUUAUUUUAUGGGAUAAAAAUGUUUAAAAAUCCUAAAGGCUGGGUAUAUAAUUGUGUAUAUAAAAGUUAUUAUUUAAGAUAAUCAUAAUCAUUUAAUAUCUAUAUCAAAUGGUUCAUUAUAAGGACAGAUGAUGAAUUCAUGAAUAGUUAUUGUAAUGUAUGCGAAGACAAUAAAAAUGAUCAACACAUUUUAUAAUAAAUGUUUUAAUUUAUUUUA